UACACCACAUCUAGGUAUACUAAAUACAUCAUAAGCUGACCUGUGCUUUGAGCUAGACAUCUCGCCGUGCCUGGCCCUGGACUGAAGUGGGAGAUCAAACCGAGCAGUUAAGUGCAGGCGAAAAAGGUACCGACCUGCUCGCUGCCAGGGCCCUGCUGCCACACAGACCCUGGCCAUCCCCCAUUUCGAUUUCGAGAUUACGCAGUACGCCGGCAGGUACAGGCAGCUUAUCAAAGUCUACCUCGCAGCCCGCAUGUAGAACCCUGUCUCCACCAGUAUCUUUGUUAGUUGGCCCGACACAGCGCAUUUGCACUGUCUGGCGACCGUCAAUACAGCUGAGUUUCAGUCGAGGUACGGGCAUACAGACAUCCAUCAUUACAGGACCGUCUCAUCUCUGGAUUCGAAUCACGCCCGCUCCCUCUCCACUCCUGUCCCGGCUGGACUUCAGUUUGGAACUGGAAAUCCCCCCAGCUUCGCUUCAAACUCUCUCCCAUCGUCGCAACAACCUCACGAAAACAGGGGCUUUCCACCCAGAACCACGCAACCUCGAGCUGAUCGAUAGCAAUCCAUUGCGUCGGAUCGCGCUAGAGCGGGCGUACGUAUUGCAAAUACGGUUUGCGGAGCUCCUUUCCUGGGAUCCGAUCGUUCAGACGAAAGGCUCCAUCCCCUCGACCCGCGACGACCCGCACACCCCGAACAAGAUCCUGGGCCCUCGCCUCGUGCAAUUCCCACCAGCACCCACCAGCACCAGCCCAGCACCAGCUCACGGGCAGCAUAGGCUGGCUUGGUGCCAAACUGGGUCUCCAUCAUCGCCGGGCCCCUACCUCCUCGACUUUCCAGGCGCACUCCCGUCUUGGUGGGUGGCCUGCUUUCCCACCAGUUUCCCCAUUCAUUUUCUUCUUCAUCAUACAUAGCAUCAUUUUCACGUCGCUCAUUUCUCGAGGAAAAAUACUCGUCCAUUCAUUUACAAUUUUCCUUUUACUCAGCUUGGUUGACCAUAACCGAUUCGCUCCUUCACGGUUCCAUACCACUAUCCUAUACACCGGCCAGGAAAAGAGAAAAAAAAGGAAGAGUCAGCACUGUCGACUUGCAUCUAUCAGCAGCAGCAACAUCAAUCGCUCGACGCUACAUACACAUUCGCCCGAUUAAAACGUUGGUACAGCGCAGAAAGAACUACACUCAUACAGACACGAAAGCGAUUUCGAUCUUACAACAACAGAACAAUUUGGGUUUCUUGAAUGCCCCGGUAAUUGUGCGCAGCUCUUCAGGAGAGCCCUCCCGUUUCUCGGCAUCAACUCAGUUCUGCCGUCCGUCGUUGCUACGGAAAUCGGAAUUAUACAACAGCAAGUUGUUGCAGACAUCGAUACACUGGCCAGUCUUUCCGAUUAAGCCCGCUUGCGAUCUUUGUGUGACUCGGCACCAUGACCGUCGUACACACACUGACCCCUCAAGGGUCUUCCCAUGGAAUCGGUUCAGGACAGGCUCUUGAGGAUAGGUUUGAGGUGCUCAAGGAGAUUGGCGAUGGAAGUUUUGGAAGUGUGGUGUUGGCCAGAGUCCGGAGUGCAGGUGCCACCGUUGCUCGCCGCGGUACUGUCAUUGCCAUUAAGACAAUGAAGAAAACAUUCGAGUCGGUAGGACCGUGCAUGGAACUCAGGGAAGUAGUCUUCUUGCGGACGCUUCCUGCACAUCCCCAUCUGGUGCCAGCGCUCGACAUAUUCCUGGAUCCUUUCACCAAGAAGCUUCACAUUGCCAUGGAGUAUAUGGAAGGCAACCUCUAUCAACUGAUGAAGGCCAGGGACCACAAGUGUUUGGACAACUCGAGCGUGAAGAGCAUCUUGUUCCAGAUUAUGAAGGGUCUCGAACACAUUCACGCGCAUCACUUUUUCCACAGAGAUAUCAAGCCCGAAAACAUUCUAGUAUCGACAUCCUCACAUAUGGACGCCACGAACUCGUUCCGCCGUUAUUCCGCGCUGAUGAACCCUCCACCGACGCCGCCCACGUAUACGGUAAAGAUUGCUGACUUCGGCCUGGCCCGCGAGACGCAUUCGAAACUCCCGUACACCACCUACGUCUCAACCCGAUGGUAUCGCGCCCCCGAGGUCCUCCUCAGGGCUGGUGAGUACUCGGCACCGGUUGAUAUCUGGGCCAUCGGAGCCAUGGCCGUCGAAAUCGCUACGCUGAAGCCGUUGUUCCCGGGCGGAAAUGAGGUCGAUCAAGUGUGGAGAGUUUGCGAAAUUAUGGGAAGCCCCGGUAACUGGUACAACAAGGCCGGAGCCCGCGUCGGCGGCGGAGAAUGGAGAGAAGGUACCCGGCUUGCUGGGAAGCUAGGUUUUUCGUUCCCCAAGAUGGCGCCGCAUUCCAUGGACACCAUCCUCCAAACCCCCCAGUGGCCGGCUUCGCUCGCCCACUUUGUGACGUGGUGCUUAAUGUGGGACCCCAAGAACCGACCGACGUCGACCCAGGCCCUCGCCCACGACUACUUCACCGACGCCGUUGACCCCUUGAGGCCCAAGUCCUCCGCUUCCCGGAUCCUCGGCCGCAAGCAAUCGGAUAUCAGCCGCGGAAAGGACUCGGCCACGUCCACGCCUACGUCUUCGAAACCAUCGUGGUUCAGGAAAUCCCUGAUCGGUCGUUCUGAGAGCAGCACCGAGGUCGCUACUGUGUCGACGACGCAAGAAAAUGCAAAGGUGAACAUUGCUCCCCGUCCAUCACCCGUGCAGGUUGCACCGGAAGUUCCCUCCCCGAAGCCCAGGCCAGCUGUUAGCAAGAGGACAACGUGGAAUAACGGUCCAUCGAAUGCCGCUCCCAUGCCGAUUCUUCCCACCAUCCGCCCAAUCACACCCUUGUCUGACGCAGUGACCGCACAGGCAAGCAGCAGAACACCUUCAUACAACGAUGCUUACGUAAAUGGAACGCAAAGGAGUGCCGCCGACGAAAACAAGGCCACGAAGAAGAUUGGCCGUCAGCUAUCCGUCGCAUCUGCCACAAAUCACUAUGCCGAGAUCCAUCGCCAGCAGGCCGAACGAGCGCUAAAUGGACAAACUGGUCUUGCCUCGCCCACGAGCGGGACGAAGGAGAGCUUCUUUUCGCACCUCAGGAAGCGAGCGAGAAGGUUCUCCGGAAGGCACCAGACACCAAUGUCUCCCGCUUAUGACGACGUCGAAACCCAACCUCACGGCGUAGGCUGUGGACCUUGGGGAAGUAACAGAUCUUCCAUGGUCAUCGACAGCCCGCCACCGGCCCCCGUCCCCAAAGAUACGCUCGAAUCUCUCGAAAAGACGCUGAGAGAUCCCCAACCCGUUGCCGAAGUUCCGCCGAUGCCACCAGCGCACCGAGCGCCCCAACACAGUACACUCAAGAGACACCAUUCGCUGCCGCAUCAUACACCAAGGUCGGUAGAUAACCCGUUGAUGGGUGCUCGGGGAUCCGGACCAGUUUCAAGUAGGACGCGGAGGCAACAAGCUGCUCAGGGUGUAAACCAGUAUGAUGCCCCCGAUGAAGAGGAUGAACUGCUUGAUGAGGCCCUCACAUCAACCCGGAAGGCUAUCAAGCGUCUCGAGAAGGAUACAAAACAUCUCAGACAAUCGGCCAGUAAUUUAGGGCUCAUGAACCCUUACCCAACCCCAUCACCGUCAGCCAGCGGCCAAAACAUCUUCUUUGCUGAUCACGGGAAAGAAGCUCUGACUCCCCAAUCCCUGGAACCAAAGAAAAGGUCGUCAGAAUACAAGUGGCCCACGCCUCCCUACAAUGAUGAGGGUGACUGGGCAGCGUCGGCAUCAGCCAGUAUCUGGGCGGCAGGGAGCCGUAUCUAGCUAGAUACAGUUUCUUCUUUCGACGUAUUUUGUAUUGACGGUGGGCGCGGGCGGUCUUUUGCGGAUCCUGGGAAAAGAAAAUGAGUGGGUUUCCUUUUUGGGUGGUGUUUACGUGGAAUGGUGUUCUGGGUGUUCUUUCGGCAUGGCAUCAUUACCAUGUUCUUAUCGGUAUCUGGGCUUUGAGGUUGUUUUGGGUCUUCCCUAUGUUCCCUCUCAGGAGGAGACGGGCUACUGCUUUGAGAUUGCAGUUGCUGGUCUCACUUUUUGCUCCUCUUUUUCUUGUUUCAUUUUUCAUCUUCAUACCCCCCCACGUUUAUUUCUUAUUUUUCGCUGCUUCUGCAUGCAUCUUACAUAUCUCUCGCACGCACAUGCACACAUAUAUGGGGAUCUUGUAGCAGAAGCUGGUUCUUUCUACACAACAAAAACUAUGUGGUGGUUGUUGAAUGGACAUCUAUCUGUUUCUAAUCUUUCUGUCGAAUACCCCUCCUGGAGGAAGAAAAAAGUCUGGCAUGUGUGUGUCGUCGGCCUUGCAAACAUCAAAACCUAUAUUGGGCCUUUUAAUACCACCUUUCUGCGCAUAUAUUACUAUGGUUCUUUUUGUGUGCGCACAUCGAUUUCUGUCUUCCUUGUCUUUGUCAUUGGAAAUACCCCCUCUAACAACCGUUUAUAGAGAUUUGGAGCUGUCUUAAGUUAAAUAUGCGUUUGGGAACUGCAGGCGGAGCUGUGGAGCGCGUCUCUGGUCGGACAAAUAAUCGGUCGUUUGCGCGAUGGACGACAAAGUAAGACAUUUUCAUGGCGGCUGGUCCCUCUCAGUCAACACAUCUGCCAGAUGAGAAUGGGAAUCGUGAGGAACGAUCAGAACGCUGAUGGUGGGAGGAAGAGGAGGAGGAUGAGGGGGAUGGAGAGCAUGAUGCACAGGAGGGCUUUGGUUGAUAAAGUGCGCGGGUUUGGGUUUCUAGACAUUGGGAAGAUAAGAAGAAGGAGAGGAGAAGAAAGAUGUUUCCUAUGUCAGUCUUUUUUUUAAACUAUUGGUCAUCUUGUUCAUAUAAGUAUGCGCCCAGGCCUUAACAUUUACUCGUUUUCACAACUUCGACAUGUUGUCCUUCG